UUUCUAGUUGAGCGCCACUUCGCAAACUGUUGUACAUCGAGCAAAAUGACGGAUUACAUGGCGCAGAUGCUCAACGAGCUGAUGGGGCCUCAGCGAAACUCGUUACCUGGAGAGGGUGGUGCUAUCGACUUCGACCAUCCUGAUGUUUGCCGUGACUUCUUAGUCGGCUUCUGCUUGGCUGAAGCUUUCCGCAAUACCAAAAACGACCUAGGAUUUUGUCCAUUUCCUAUCCACGACGAAGCUCUCAAGAAACGAUACCAGGAAAGCCACCGAUAUGGGCGUCUUGGAUAUGAGGAAAAAUACUUGGAGAGACUCAAUCGUAUGCACAACGAGGUGCGCAGGAAAAUUGAAAAGAAUGAAGCUCGUCUCGAACAUACAAGAGCAGACACGCAUGUGUCCAGUGAAGUAUAUGACAAGAAGAAGAAAGAUAUAAAUGAAAGAAGAGAAGUGCUUGGUAGGAAAAUCGAAGGAUUAAUGCAAGAAGCUGAGAUUGAGGGACAGCAGGGGAACGUUGGAGCAGCUCAAAAAGCUGUGCAGAAGGCGGAUGAGUUUGCGAAAGAACGAGAAACUUUGAGAAGGCAAGAGGAGGAUUUAGAGCUUGAGAGGCAGAAAGCGAUUACUAUGGAGGAGCAACUUACAGCUGGAAACAAACAGAUGCAAGUUUGUCAGGUGUGCGGAUGCUUUAUGCUCACGAAUGACGCUCAAAGCAGGAUUGAUGAUCAUCUCAGUGGCAAAUUGCACAUCGCUUACACGAGGAUAAAGGAACAGAUCGACCUUAUGAACAAGGCUAAAGAGGAGAAAAAGCUACAACUGGAAAAGGAGCGUGCUGCAAGAGAAAAAGAUGAGAAAAGACGAGAUGAUCGCCGAGACGAUCGCGGUAGCCGCGAUAGAGAACGCGAAAGGGACAGAGAUCGCAAAGAACGUGAUGGAAGAAGAGAUCGUAGCAGAGACAAAAGGAGUUCUCGUCGUUCUCGAAGCCGUGAUCGCGACAGGGACCGCCGCGACGAUCGUCGAAGUGAGCGUCGAGAUAGAAGUCGGUCUAGGGACCGGAGGCGCCACUAACAUCCAUCAUCACCGUUCCCGGUAUUUCAAUCUCAUCUUUAUUUGUCAAGGUUAGUCCCCACCAGGGUCGACAGGCUACGUCCCGCUAACAGGCAAAAGAGCUCAUUCUGGUAUUUCCCUUUUUUUUUGUCUUCGAGGUUUGGUCUGCAUAAAAUGUUGUUUGUUGUGAUUCAAUAAAGAUAUAGAAGUAUU